UGAAGAAUGGCACUGGCAAGGAAAGGUGGGGGAAAUGGGGAAUGGGGGAUAAACACAGAUUGGCACGGAAGAAGGAGAGAAGGGCGUAGGUUAGAUAACGUGGUGGAAGACAGAGCCGGAGGGCUCCGGGAAAGAAAUGACUGGUCGUCAACAACAGUGUUCGUGCCCUACAAAUGUUCUUGUCGAUGUUUAUGGAACAAUAAUGUUCCCUUAGCAGGACGACUCGUGUGGACUCGCUUUCACACCCAGAACCAGGGACUGUUUGGCUGAGCGACGUUUUUCCGUAGCUGCACCAUCAGCCAUCUGGAACUUUUUCCCACUGCACACACGCAGCAACAGCAUCCAAGCACCAUUCAUCCUCAGGAGACAGCUCAAGGCUCUCUCAUGUUCAUUCCGGCGUAUGAAGGACUCCUGGAGUUCUGGUUCCAUGCCUCCGAGUUCUCAAUAUAAUAUUUUGCUUUCGAUUCACGAAAUAAGUGCGGGUAAAACAUAGUUUUUGAAUUAUAGGCAAGUAUGCUGAAAUUAUGCACUCCCAUGAGGCCUUAUGGCUGAAUGAAUUUGCAAAAAAAAUACUUCAUGUUGUAUGUAGAGGGAUAGAUUUGAAAGACAUAGCUUAUAAUAAUUUAAACAAAUUAAUCUAGAAAAGCUGACCAGGCCAAUGAAUAGGCAGUACUCAUUUUAUUUACACCCUCACCUCUUAUUGGAAAAUAAUUUCAAGCUUGUAGAGUGUUGCGCAAUUCAACUGGUUAGAAAGUAGACUUUUUUAUCAAGUCAAAGUCCAGCGUUUCUUGUUUGUUAACCAAAGGGAGCACACCUACUGAACGGUGCGCUGUGUAACGUGUUCACAGCGUAGCUGCAUUCGUGGUUUUUUGAUAGUUUAUAACAUUUCUGUCACGCUCCUCUUAAUUGGACUCAUUGCCUUCUCUGCUUCCGAAUGAGCACAAUUUCUGCAAAGCAGUGUCCCCGAAAUCAAGAUUUGCUACCUCGUCCGAGCAUUUAAGUUACUUUACAGAAAAACAAUAAGCAGCCAUGCGGUGGUGUUUCAGCUUUGCUCAAACCCUCGCCUUCAUGCACAUGGCCGUGGGCCAGGAGAAAUCUGACAGUGACCGUGCUGUGGGUGGCAUGCUGGUGUACCCAACUGAUGGCAGCCACUGGAUGAGCCUGCGUGACCUGUCCCUCGCCGUGUCUCGGCGUGGUCACAGAGUGGUCGUGGCAUUGCCCGCGACCGGUAAUCUGAUGGUGGGGGAGACGCCUGGGCUAGACUCGGAGACCUUCCCUGUGCCCCUUGUUGAUAAACAUAACUUGUUAGACACGUUUUUACGAGAAGUGGUAUUUAGAGAAACGGAUGGCGUUACAGAAUUCACCUUUAAGAGCUUGGAGAGCAUGAAUAAGAGGUUUGCAGCAAUGUGUGACAGCUUACUCGGCAAUGUUGCUGUGAUGCAGCGACUUCGUGCCCAUAACUUCGAGGUUCUUCUCGCUGACCCAAUUGAUCCAUGUGGAGCGAUUUUAUCUGAUGCACUGGGGCUCCCGUCAAUAUUUCUUAUGCGUGGUAUUCCAUGCAAUAUCGACUUAAAAGCUGCCCACUGCCCAGCACCAUCGUCGUACGUUCCCCAAAGUAUGUCAGGCUUCACAGACCACAUGAGUUUCACCGAGCGGGUCACCAACAUGUUUAUGGGUUUAAAGCAGGAUCACCUGUGUAUUGACUUCCUUCUGAAACGCUUUGAUGAGCUGGCCAGGCGCCAUCUGGGUCGGGACGUCACGGCCAUGGAGCUGCUUAGCAAUGCGUCCAUCUGGCUGCACCGGACAGACUUUGUCUUUGACUAUCCCCGCCCGACUAUGCCCAACAUGGUGAACGUCGGAGGUAUGACAUCCGAUGAUGCGAGACCUCUUCCACAGGAUUUAGAGGAGUUUAUGCAGAGUUCUGAGGAGCAUGGUGUGGUCGUGGUGUCAUUUGGAUCCAUAGUGUCGGCCAUUCCUUAUAGAAUAGCAAACGUUCUUGCAGAGGGCCUGGGCAGAAUCCCACAAAAGGUUAUAUGGCGCUAUGAAGGACCAACUCUCGAAAAUCUCUCGAACAACACAAAAGUGAUGUCAUGGUUACCACAGAGGGACCUCUUAGCCCACGCUAAGACUCGUGUAUUCGUGACGCACGGGGGAUCGCACGGCAUCUUCGAGGCCAUCUGCUACGGCGUCCCCAUGCUCGGCCUGCCACUCUUCGGGGACCAGUUCGAAAACUUGGCUCGCAUGCAAAGCAAGGGUGCCGCACUGGUGCUCAACAUUCACUCCCUCGACGCUGGCUCUCUCGCCUCGUCCAUCUCCACAAUCGCCACACACAAGAGCAGCUACAAGGAGAAGGCAUCACUGCUCUCGCGUCUGCACCACGAUCACCCGCAGAAGCCCAUGGACAGGGCAGUGUUCUGGGUGGAGUUUGUGAUGCGGCACGGUGCGGAGCACCUGCGAGUGGCGGCUCACCACCUCACCUGGUACCAGGAGGCCGGCUUUGAUGUGGCGGCGUUUCUGCUGGCAGCCAUAGUCCUGGUGACAAGCGUGUUCAUUGCGCUCAUCACGAUCUGCUGUCGCUGGCUAUGUAGGGCCAAACAUCGUAACGCCACUGUAAGCAAAGGAAUGGCAGCCUCUAAAAAACACAAGUAAUUGUUAUGUUUAAUCCGAUUUUUUAAACAGCCACGCAUGCUUAAUUCGGACAGUGGGGCAGCUUUUUGGAAAAUUCCCUUCAAACCAUUUAAUAGAGAAUGCUCUUUUGGAAAAAUGAUACGAGAUGAUUUGCUGAUUAAAAUUUAAUGUUGUGAUUUGACUUUUUUAUUUUAAAGAAAGUUAUACAAAACUUAAGACGAUUUGUAUAAAGUCAAUUGAGUGGUCGCAAAGCAUAAUACCAGUGGCCCUGUUAAUCAGGUGAUAACAUUGCCCAGAUCAGACAUGGUCACACCAGAACAAUAACGAUUGACUCUUUAAUGAAGGAUAAGCAGACAAUAGUCUCCUUCAUAUAUCUGUCUCUCCACAAAAACAAAAUAGAGGAGAAAGUAUUGUCUUGAAUGAAACAUUGUCUGCUUUUCUAUUUUGUUACUUUAAUUCCCCACACCAACGUGAAUGAUUGUUUUGUCUUCAAUAAAGGGGCCUUCACAGCCAAUGCCGU